AUGAACAGUGCAUUUUAAGGCUUAAUUAAAAAAUUAGCUCUUGAAAACAAUGAAAUCAAUGAAUAAAUUUUAAAAUCUUUGUCACAAACUUCCACCACAUCAAAAUAACUUGAUGAACGGAGCAAUAACACUUUCACCUCUUCUGGAAAAGUUUUAAUUACAAACCCAAGCGAUGCUAGCAUGGCUAUUGUAGAAAAUUAGAAUUUUUUUACACUUGAAACAAAUCCUUAUACAAAUAAUCCUAGCUAGAAUAUAAACAGUCAAAAUCAAAACUAAAAUUACUAAUAAAGCUCUCACUAACAUUUUUCAAGAGACAAUAUAAAUGGGAUAGAUUUUAAUUCAUCUUAGUGCUGCUUCUAAUAAGAAUUAAAUGAAAUAGAGUUAAGAAACAAUUUAAUGCAUCAAUAAUUUGAUAAGCAGCAAAAAAGUAUAUAAGAAUAUUUAUAAAACAUGAAGUCAUGUGA